CCGAAGCCGAAGCAGAAACACUAGCUGAUGGCCUCCUAGGAUCAGGCCCCCCGCAGACGCCUACCCCACCCCCUACCCCCGGGCGGAACACGCCCUCAGUUACAGCCCUUCGGCCAGAGCCUUAGGUAACCUUGAUUCCGGGUCGGCAGCGGCCACAGUCCGCAGCGCAAGCGGCCUCGGCGGACCCCCUGCCUGCAGCGCGGCCCAGUGCACGCCGGUCCCACUGCCGGGCGCCAGCCGCCCACUCCGCAGCAGCCGCUCCGCUCUCGACCGCGCCGUUCCGCCCGUCGGCCAGCGGCCCGCCCAUGCUCUUGGCCACCAAGAGAGCUAGCCAGCUUUUCCACAGCCUCUUUCCUGUCCCGAGAAUGGGCGACUCCGCCUCUAAGAUCGUCAGCCCCCAGGAGGCAUUGCCGGGCCGGAAGGAGCCGAUCCCCGUCGCGGCCAAACAUCAUGUCAAUGGCAAUAGAACAGUUGAACCUUUCCCAGAGGGAACACAGAUGGCUGUAUUUGGAAUGGGCUGUUUCUGGGGAGCUGAGAGGAAAUUCUGGACUAUAAAAGGAGUAUAUUCAACUCAAGUUGGUUAUGCUGGAGGCUACACUUCCAAUCCUACUUAUAAAGAAGUUUGUUCAGGAAAAACUGGCCAUGCAGAAGUAGUCCGAGUGGUGUACCAGCCAGAACGCAUCAGCUUUGAGGAACUGCUCAAGGUCUUCUGGGAGAAUCAUGACCCGACCCAAGGCAUGCGCCAAGGCAAUGACCAUGGUUCUCAAUACCGCUCAGCCAUCUAUCCAACCUCUACCAAGCACCUGGAGGUGGCCCUGAGAUCUAAAGAAGACUACCAGAAGGUUCUUUCAGAGCAUGGCUAUGGCCCGAUCACGACCGACAUCCGGGAGGGACAAACUUUCUACUAUGCGGAGGAUUACCACCAGCAGUACCUGAGCAAGAACCCUGACGGGUACUGCGGCCUGGGGGGCACUGGCGUGUCCUGUCCACUGGGUAUUAAAAAGUAAUUUCUCCCCAUGUGGUCAGCACUUGAGGUCACAGCAAAAAUGCUUUCAACAAAUUGGGCAAUUCUUUUGUGGUUCAGGUUAGCGGCUUUUCAAAAUACACAGAGCACAAAGGCAUUCAUAAAAAUCUGGUUUAAUGAGGUGUAAUUUACAUGAAGUGCAAUGAAUGGCAAGUUGAGAACAUGCAGUUUAUCUUCUGAUAAAUUAUGGUGGGACUAGAACUGUGACCUAUUGGGGUCUGAAUGAGGAUAAUGAGUAUGCUGUGUUUCCCCUGCUUGGGCCAGGAUGCCUGCCACAGAAGCUGGGGAAGGAAGCUGGGAGAUUGUCGGACAGAAUGAGGCACAUCGGACACCCUUUAUCUGUGCCCUUUCCCACCUUACCUGCCCUCUGCCCUC